AUCACCAACAGCUUGCUCCGUCGCCGCGCCCUCCGAGUCUCGAGCGCCUCGUCCGUGACCCACGAGCGCGAAUCGCGGAGCGAAGAGGAGUUGUUGGAGGUCGAGGGGGAGUACGAGGAGGUAGUGUUCGUGGAAGAGGAGGAAGAAGAAGAGAGAGGGGAGGGUUUCGUCGUUUUGGAGGAACUGGGGAUCUCCGGGGUUAAGCUCAUUAGGGUUCCGGAGAGGAGGACGACGACGAUGGCGGGGAUCGAUCCACACAAGAAGAACCCUGUUGAGGCAGAAUUUUUCACUGAGUAUGGCGAGGCGAGCCGAUACCAGAUCCACGAGGUCGUUGGCAAAGGAAGUUAUGGCGUGGUUGGGGCUGCGACCGACACCCACACUGGAGAGAGAGUUGCAAUCAAGAAGAUCAAUGAUGUGUUUGAGCAUGUAUCUGACGCCACCCGCAUUCUUAGGGAGAUCAAGCUCCUUAGGCUGCUUCGCCACCCCGAUGUCGUUGAGAUCAAACACAUUAUGCUUCCUCCCUCUAGACGGGAGUUCAGGGACAUAUAUGUUGUUUUCGAGUUGAUGGAGUCGGACCUUCAUCAAGUUAUAAAGGCGAACGAUGAUCUCACACCUGAGCACCAUCAGUUUUUCUUGUACCAGCUUCUUCGAGCCUUGAAGUAUAUUCAUGCAGCAAACGUUUUCCAUAGGGAUUUGAAGCCGAAGAAUAUUCUCGCCAAUGCCGAUUGCAAGCUGAAAAUUUGCGACUUUGGCCUUGCUCGUGUUUCAUUUAAUGAUGCUCCCUCGGCUAUUUUCUGGACGGAUUAUGUGGCAACGAGGUGGUAUCGUGCUCCAGAAUUAUGCGGUUCUUUCUUCUCCAAGUACACACCUGCAAUUGACAUUUGGAGCAUAGGAUGCAUAUUUGCAGAGAUGUUGACAGGGAAACCAUUGUUUCCUGGCAAGAAUGUGGUUCAUCAGUUGGACCUUAUGACUGAUCUGCUUGGAACUCCUCCACCAGAAUCCAUUUCUCGGAUUCGAAAUGAGAAAGCUAGAAGAUACUUGAGUAACAUGAGAAAAAAACCAGCAAUUCCUUUUUCACAGAAGUUUCCUGGUAUAGAUCCUUUGGCUCUGCGAUUACUUGAGCGCCUACUUGCCUUUGAUCCUAAAGACCGGCCUACUGCUGAAGAGGCCCUAGGAGAUCCUUAUUUCCAUGGUUUGUCGAAUGUUGAACGCGAACCUUCUACUCAACCCAUCUCGAAACUCGAGUUUGAGUUUGAAAGGAGAAAAUUGGCAAAAGAUGAUGUACGGGAGUUAAUUUAUCGAGAGAUUUUGGAGUACCAUCCACAGAUGUUGCAGGAGUAUCUACGAGGUGCAGAUCAGAUGAACUUCAUGUAUCCUAGUGGAGUAGAUCGUUUCAAGCGACAAUUUGCUCAUCUUGAAGAACAUUAUGGGAAGGGUGAAAGAAGCACUCCGCUUCUGCGGCAACAUGCUUCCUUACCUAGGGAGAGGGUAUGUGCCAAUAAGGAUGAUGCUUCUGAUAAAAGCGAUGACUUUGAAAAGCGAACUGCAGAUUCUGUCGCCCGAACUACCCUCGAAAGCCCUACGAGGCUACAGCAAGGAGAGAGAUCCGACCAUCCAUCAGUCACAGAUGGUCUAAGCAAGCCAAACUACAGUGCCCGUAGCUUGUUGAAGAGCGCUAGUAUUAGCGCCUCCAAAUGCGUAGUCGUCAAAGGAAAAAGAGAUAAUGAGGAGGAACCUAUUACUGAGAGCACUGAUGAAGCAGUUGAUGGGCUCACCCAAAAAGUAGCGCAGCUUUAUGCCUAAUAACACAAGGCCAUCAAAUGAUUUUAGUUUUUGGAUAAUUGUGAGUAGGGGAAAGGGUUCAAGAAUUUUGGGCCUCCGAAUCAGGAUCAGAUAAGAUGAGAAAUCCCACACAACAUGGUAUGCUCAUAUUUCUUUGUUGUAGGCUAAUGUAUGUAAAAUGUUUUUAUUUAACUCUUAAUUAUUCUUCAACCGGAUCAUACGAUCCGUUGUAUUCUUUUUCGUCAACUA